AUAUCUAAAGCCUGAAUUAUAUUAUCCAGUAUUCCAAGUACACACACACCCCAUUACAAUAGUGAAGCUCUAAACAACUGUCAAAUAUGGUAGUUUCUUCGUGCUCUUUGAGCUGGACUUCGCCCUGCUUGUCCCACAAGUUAAACUUGCCACAUUCAAAUUAUUUGCCUCGCAAUAAUUCAACCUCAACUUCCAAAAGUGUCUUUUGUGCAUUGGACACAGUCUCCACAGGAGAAUCAGAACUCAGAAGCCAUUGCCAGAGAAGACCACUGUUGUUGGGUUUUGGAGCAUUAACAGCAAAUUUACAACCAACAAAUUUGCUCUUUGCUGAAGAAAUACCAAAAAAAUACCGAGCUUUUGUUGACAAUUCAGAUGGGUAUUCUUACAUAUAUCCCUCAGAUUGGAAGGAAUUUGACUUCAGGGCUCAUGAUUCUGCAUUCAAAGACAGAUAUCUACAGUUACAAAAUGUAAGGGUGAGAUUUAUACCAACUGAGAAGAAAGACAUCCGAGAUUUGGGUCCAAUGGAAGAGGUUAUAUCCAAUUUGGUGAGACAUAUAUAUGCUGCACCAAACCAAAGACCUACAAUAUAUGACAUGCAGGAGCGAACGGUAGAUGGAAAACAUUACUACACAUUUGAAUAUGUACUUACAUCACCAAACUACUCUAGUGCCUCCUUUGCAACAAUUGCUAUAGGAAAUGGAAGGUACUACACAUUAAUUGUGGGAGCCCUUGAGAGGCGAUGGAAAAGAGUACGAGAUCAGCUUAAGGUGGUAGCAGACUCCUUUAAGCUCCUUGACAUCUGAAAUGUUACAGGACAAUGCAAGACACUAAUUAUUUGCCAACAGAUCAAGUUUGACAUAUAUAUAUAUAUCAAAAGCAAAAUAAACUAUUGCAAGUGAAUAAUUUCAUCUGUCAUACCAAUAGAGAAUUUCUUUCGCUGUCCCAUCCAUACAUUGCAUGCUGACUGCUGAGGACGCCCACUUUGACAACAUACAUUAUAUGUGUAUGUAGACUUCCUCGAUCCAGAGAACUACAAAGGGUUGCCAUGAAAAUGACCACUCACUAAAGAAGCCUAAAUAUCAAUUCACAGCAUGUGAAAGAGAUUAAAUUAAUGCUUUAGUUAGAAGGAAAAGGAAGUAUAAACAUUUGAGCCACAGUUUUUAUAGUACUCUAUAUUUCAUUUUUUAUUGAGAUUUCCACUUUUUUCGUAACUUAAAUGAUAGGGAAUCCUUCGAAUUGGAUGUUCUUUUGAGUCUUUGUUCGUUUGUCCUUCCGUCCAUGUAAAAGUAUUUGGUCUCUUGAUCCUUC